AAAUCGCGAGCCGCGGUGGAAAUUGCUGGAAAGACGCGUGUGAUAACCCGGGUGUCGCGUGGUGCCGGUAACUGCCGAGGUAUCUUGUGUCACAAAAGUAACUGAAGAUGGGCGAGGAGACCAUGGACGUGGCGCAGCCGUACGUGCCGGGCCCGGACGCGGUCGACAUCUCCGGCGACGGCGGCGUGCUGAAGGAGGUGAAGCGCGCCGGCUCGGGUGACGAGCUGCCCCAGUCCGGCGACAAGGUGUACGUGCAUUACGUGGGCACGCUCGCCAGCGACGGCUCCAAGUUCGACUCCAGCCGAGACCGCGGAGACAAAUUCGAGUUCACGCUGGGAGAAGGCCAGGUGAUCAAGGCGUGGGACCAGGGCGUGGCCACCAUGAAGCGCGGCGAGCUGGCCGUGCUCACGUGCCAGGCCGCCUACGCGUACGGUGAGACGGGCAGCCCGCCCAAAAUCCCGCCCGGCGCCACGCUCGUCUUCGAAGUGGAGCUGUUCGACUGGAAGGGCGAGGACCUGUCGCGCAAGAAGGACGGGGGCAUCGUCCGGCGCCAGGUGGAGAAGGGCACCGGUUACGACACGCCCAACGACGGCGCCACCGUCGAGGUCUCGCUGUGCGGCAGCCUGGACGGCCGCGUGUUCGACGAGCGCGAGCUGACGUUCGCGCUGGGCGAGGGCGGCGAGCACAGCGUGUGCCCGGGCGUCGAGGAGGCGCUCGAGAAGUUCAAGACGGGCGAGCGCUCGCGGUUGACGCUGACGCCGCCCUACGCGUUCGGCGCCGCCGGCAGCGCCGCCUUCCAGGUGCCGGCGGACGCCACCGUCCAGUACGAGGUCAAGCUGAAGAGCUUCGAGAAGGCAAAGGAGCGGUGGGAGUUCGACGCGGCCGGAAAGCUGGAGCAGGCCAAACUGUACAAAGAAAAGGGCACGAACUACUUUAAGGCGGGAAAAUAUCAGCUGGCCGAGAAGAACUACAAGCGCUGCGUGGAUUUCCUGGAAUUCGAGAACAGUUGGUCAGAGGAGGAGAAGCCGCAGGCCCGCGAGGUGGAGCUGGCCGGACACCUCAAUCUGGCCAUGUGCUACAUCAAAUUGGGCGACUUUGUCUGGGCCCGGACACACUGCGACAAGGCCCUGGACAUCGACCGCGACAACGUCAAGGGCCUGUUCCGGCGCGGGCAGGCGCUGGUGAAGAUGAAUGAGCCGGAGCUGGCGCGCUCCGACUUCCAGCGCGUGAUCCAGCUGGAUCCGCAGAACAAGGCGGCCGCCCACCAGGCGCAGCUGUGCGCCCAGCAGAUCCGCGCCGCCAGAGCGCACGAAAAGAAGAUCUACGCCAACAUGUUCGAGCGGCUGUCCAAGAUGGAGGAGCGGGAGGCACCGACCAAGAAGAAUGAGGACUUCCAGAUCGGGCACUUCGACAACGGCGGCCGGCCGGCCGGCGGCGGCGGCGAGGCUGACACGGAGAAGACCGACACACCGGCAGCGCCGGCAGCCGAGGAGCCCGCCCCGGCGUGAUCCUGCACCUGCGCACCCCGCGCCGCCCUCCACUAGUCCGCGCCGACCCGCCGCCGCCGCUGCCGCUGGCGGACCAUCCCGGCGGCCGGCCGCCAGUGCGGCGUCCUCAGAGGCGGCCCGCCUGUUCUCGUUCGCCUACCGUCAGCUUCCGCUUCUUUCGCGUGGCGUUCAGCGGAGUCUCAAUAAACUACUCCAAGUGAUCCGGUUGGCUUGUGUUGUCCAUACAUGUAGAGCAUGCGAAUAAAUACAUUCCGGUUUACAUGA